AUGUUUGUUUUAAUUUAUCAGUAUAUUAUUGUUAUAUUAUUGAUCAAUUUCAUUGAUAACAUUGAAAUGAAUACUAAUAAUGUCAAUGGGAAAUGUUUAAAUCAUUGGAUUAAACAAACAAAUGAUGAACUUGUUGCAUUCUCGCUGUCACCAUGUUUUACAUGUAAAUAUUCUAGUUUUCAAAAUUCAAUGUAUGUUAAAUGGGACUGUGAACAAGUGUAUAAUUUAAAAAUUAAU